GGGGAAAUAAUGCAGAAAUCAGAGAUGAUGAAGCAAGACACAGAGGCGGUCGCCCAGGGGAAGGAGGAUAUGCCGACUACAGCAGAUGGGGCAGAGUCAACAGUGGUUUCAAAGGAUGACGUAGACACGAGCAGCAGCCCUAAAGAGUCUGAAACAUCACUGGUGGACACGCCACCUCAAGGAGAUGAAGCAACAAGUGAAGAAGCAGCAGCUCAGUCACGGUGUGACAAGGCCAACGAGCUUAGCCGCCAGCUGGAGGACAUCCUCAACAUCUACUGCAGGGAAAGCCUUUCGGACGAUGCCGUCGCUAAUGACCAGUCGCGCGGCUCCGAGCGCCUUGAUGACAACGGGGGCAGAGGGGCCAAAGCCAAGGGGGGUGCCAGCGGUGUAGACAAGGACCAGAAGAAGACUCAUGAUAAGAAGAAAGCAAAGGGUCUGGGCAAAGAAAUCACCCUCCUAAUGCAAACUCUCAACACGUUAAGCACCCCCGAGGAGAAGCUAACAGGGCUCUGCAAGAAGUACGCCGAGCUGCUGGAAGAGCAUCGAAACAGGCAGAAGCAGAUGCGAGCGUUGCAGAAGAAGCAGACGCAGGUGGUGGCGGAAAAGGACAGCCUGAGGAGCGAACACAGCAAGGCCAUCCUGGCACGAAGCAAGCUGGAGAGCCUCUGCAGGGAGCUGCAGAGGCACAAUCGGACGCUCAAGGAGGAAGGGAUACAGAGGACCCGUCUCGAGGAGGAAAAAAGAAAAGAGGUGACAUCACACGUUCAGGUGACGCUCAACGACAUCCAAGUUCAAAUGGAGCAACACAACGAAAGGAACGCCAGCCUGCGCCAGGAGAACGCCGAGCUUGCCGAGAAGCUCAAUAAGCUGCACGAGCAGUACUUAUUACGAGAGGAGCAUAUAGAAAAAGUGGUGAAGCACAAGGACCUGCAGCAGCAGCUGGUGGACACCAAACUUCAGCAGGCGCAGGAACUGCUCAAAGAGUCGGAGGAACGUCACAAUACGGAGAAACAUUUUCUGCUACAAGAGGCACUCGAAUCUCAGCGGAUGUGUGAACUGAUGAAUCAGCAGGAAGGGCACCUCAAACAGCAGCUUUCUCUGUACACCGAGAAGUUUGAGGAGUUCCAGACCACAUUGUCUAAGAGCAACGAGGUCUUCGCCACGUUCAAACAGGAGAUGGAAAAGAUGACUAAAAAGAUCAAGAAGCUAGAAAAGGAGACGGCAAUGUAUCGGUCCAGGUGGGAGAGCAGUAACAAGGCUCUCGUGGAGAUGGCUCAGGAGAAAACUGUUCAAGACCGAGAGUUUGACGCCCUUCAAGGUAAAGUACAGCGGCUGGAAAAGCUGCGGCGGGCCCUCAAAUUGGAACGGAACGAACUCAGCAAAAAGGUACAGAAGCUCAGCGGCGCUCCGGCGCCACCCACCUCUGACUCUGAAUGCCCCUCUCCGACACCCACGGACCUUCUGCCGGAAGGCAGCUCAGGAGCCUGCGCAAGUGACAUCAGCCACAGCCCGCCUGAAUCCAGCUCCCAAACCUCCACUCGCAACCUUAAACUCAACACGGACAAACAAGGGAAGGUGGCACAGACGCUGGCCUCCCCGGCCCCUUCCCACUCCCCGGCUCCGGAUCCGGACCCCGACCCAGACCCUGACCAGCCCCAUGUUGAUGAGGAGCAGUAUGUAGGUGAGGGCGAGUCCACUCAGCCUGACGUGUCCCAGGCGUACUCUGAUUACAGAGACGCGGAGACCAUCACAGAUGUGUGCAACAGCACCGAACUGCCAGAAUUUGAGAUCAUCAGCCUGCUGGAGGAGCAGCUGCCAGUUUAUCGCUUGCGCGCAGACACCGUCUACGGGUACGACCAGGAUGACUGGCUGCACACGCCCCUGCUGGCGGCCGACGUCCCGCUCGACCUGACAACUGAGCAGAUAGACGAGACCCUCAAAUACUUCUGGGGCGUUAUUGCAACGCUAGGGGCGCCAAUUCUAGACAGGUUUCCUGAGCGAAACAUCGGUGAGGCCAUCUUUGACAUGUUCUGCCACGAACGUCCGGUUUAG